CAGUCUACAAAGACUUUACUGUUAUAUUGGUUCAGUUCAUAGUCCACAAACUAAGGUGCAGAAAUGAUGAAAGUGAAACUAAUAAUCUUUUGAAACUGAAGAUCUGCAAGAACCAGCAGCACAAGAAAAAAAAUCUUCUGUUUUAAUAAUGGGAAUCUUAAGUCUGUCCGCCCUUGUGAUGUCUUCCAUUUUAUAUUCAGGUGCUUUGGAAUUGGAGAUAUUUUCCUCUCCACUGGAAGUUUCAGUAAAUGAAGAUGUUCUUCUAAAAUGCAUAUACAGUAAACCAGAACAUGAUCUCAGCCAUGUAGCUGUUCAAUGGUCUUAUAAAUCUCAAACAUCUCAGAAGGAACUGUAUAUAUUUAAUGGAGGGAUUCAUCAACCUAACAGAAGCGGUGCACAGAUUUUUGAAGAUGCAUUACAGAAUGGAAAUGCUUCACUUUACCUCCCGAAAGUACAACUUAAUGAAGAAGGAAAUUAUACCUGCACUGUUUAUCUCACCCCAAAUAAAGGUGAAAAGACUUCAAAGAUGCUUGUUUCAGUCAAACCAAAAGUCAAUGUAUUUAUGCAAAAAGAGCAGAACUUUGCAAUAUGUGAAGUAAAGGAAUUUUAUCCAAAGGAAAUUACAGUCAGAUGGUUAAAAGUACUAGAUGAAAAAGUGGAAGAUAUUUCAAAAGAUCAGUCUAUUGAUGAUAUUGUUAUGGACCAAAGUGGGACAUUUAGUCUUACCACUAAAGUAAGAGUAGAACCGAUGGUGAGUAGUUCUGCCAUAUACAUCUGUACAGUGAAGCACAAAGAGUUCCAUGGAAAUUUUACACUGACUAAAGCAGAACAAGAACGAAGUAAGCUGACUGGUGGAAUUAUCUUUGGCAUUAUCAUGCUACUUUGUGUUCUGGGUUUUGGAAUUUGUAUCUGGAAGAAAAAAUCUAAAGCAUCUGUAGAUACCAGUAAGUGUGAAUCAAUGGAAAGAGGAGAUGAAACCUACCAACCGCUUUUGACCAGUCAGGAUCUCAAACUUCCAUUAGAUACCAGUCAGUGUGAAUCAAUAGAAAGAGGAGAUCAAAUCUGCCAACCGCUCUUGACCAGUCAGGAUCUCAAACUUCCAACAGAGGAAACCCAGGCAAAUCCUGAUGAACAUGAAAGGGAAGAAGAGAAGCUGACUAAUCAGAAUUCAGCAGAAAAUGAAGAGGUCCUCCCAACAAAGUCUGAUGAACCCCAGAGGGAAAAAGACAAGCCGACUACUCAGAAUUCCGGAGAUAGUGAAGAGGAUGCCCAGCCAAAGCCUGAUGAAGAUAAAGGAGAGCAGCAGGAGCCGCCUAAUCAGGAUUCAGAAGAAAAUAAAGUGGAUGCCCAGCCAAAGCCUGAUGAAGAUAAAGGAGAGCAGCAGCAGCCGCCUAAUCAGGAUUCAGAAGAAAAUAGAGUGGAUGCCCAGCCAAAGCCUGAUGAAGAUAAAAGAGAACAGGAGGAGCCGCCUAAUCAGGAUUCAGAAGAAAAUAAAGAGGAUGCCCAGCCAAAGCCUGAUGAAGAUAAAGGAGAGCAGCAGGAGCCGCCUAAUCAGGAUUCAGAAGAAAAUAAAGAGGUCACCCAGGCAAAGCCUGAUGAACCUGAAAUGUAAGAAGAGCAGCCGAGUAAUCAGAGUUCAGGAGAAAAUGAAGAUAAUAUGUUUGUUGGGACACACAGAGAACUGUUGAAAACUUCAUGAAGUUUUGCUUGCAUUGCAGUUUCUGUAGAUUACAGAUGAUUAUCUUGUAGUUAAUUCUGUGAAUAGUGUCACCAUUAUUCAGUAACCAGCACAGCCAGAAGAUUGUUUAAAUAUUGAACUCUCCCACCAGCACUGAGUUUACAUGUUAUUUGGGAACAUUCAUGCCUCUAUUCCAAUAGCAGUGUUGAACAAUCUAUAUUCCACCAGAUUAUCUGAAGAUGAUUCCUUGAAGAUGGUCUAGCCGACUAAUUGAAAGCAGUCAUGACUCUAUUCCAAUAGUAACAUUGAACCAUCAGUACUACUGCUGGUAUGUUCAACUUUGCUACUGGACUGGAGGCAUCAGUCUGUUCUGUCCAUCUCUGGGAACUGUGGAUGGAACAAGACAAAUUGGUGUUACCACCACUAUCAGACCAGAGUUAUUCCCCAAUUCUUCAAAUACAAAACUGUGUAGAAUUUUGUUUUGUAACCUGCACAUUCAAGGCAUAAAACAACAAAUCCUGAAGCCUUCCUUAUCAUUUUGGGGGAUUUUAACCUGGCCUCCUUGAAGACAUCUCUAAAUAAUUAUUACCAAUAAAUCACUUGCCUCCCCACGUUCACAAUUUGGAAAGUCUGAUCAGCUGGCUGUACUUCUACUCUCUGAGUGUAUGCAGAAAUUGAAGACUGCAGCACCAGUAGUGCGAACCAAGAAGGUAUAGACAAGGGAGGUGCAGGAGCGCUUACAGGACUGCUUUGAAUUGGUAGUGUUACGUACCCCGUAACUGGGUUGUCAAACCAGCAGAAAUUGACCACUUAGUUGGAGUCUGGAUUACUGGAACUAAGAAAGUUUUAUUAAAGAAAUAAGCAACACAGUACUCUAAUCAAAAGGAUAUAAAUGCAACAGUUUAGCAAUGAUAAAACACACAUGUACACUGAACUAGGAUAACAGGAUCAAUCAAGCUCUAUCGCAGUCUAGGGGUAAAUGAUCAGUUUCAAGUGACGCAAAGUUCAGUUCAAUUGAGUUCAGUUCAGUUCGCAGUAAUCGCUGUUGUGCCGUUGGGGCGGGGAGAAGAGAGAGAGCGAAAGCGAAUGAAUAUUCAAAACGGAUUCCACACAGACCUUCGAUAUUCCUCGCAGUUAGCUUUCGGGUGCUGACCGUACCUUUCUACCCUGUGCGUCUAUGGCUGGUCCUGCGACCAGACCUCAAAAACCGCACCAACUUGUGGGGGCACACCGCUUCCAGGGUCUCGUUACCUCGUGGAGUCGUGUAUCUGUUGCCUUAGCGAACCUGUCCCUUUUUAUCCCCCUGCUGGGGUAUCGCCUGUCCAUCAAACUUCAAACAGUUCAGGGUUCAAAGCCACCGGUCUCUGACAAUACUCGGAACCGUGUCUCCUUUCGGUAAUCUCUCUCGUCUCUCUCUUAUUAGCACCUUGCAUGUUCCCCCUUUGUCCACUUAUUGGCAUCAAUCUUCUGAUAACUGGUUCUUUUGUCACAGUAGACUGGACUGUAAUCAGGGAUACAUCUUUAAGUCUGAAUGAGCAUGCCUAAACUGUCACUGACUUCUUUAAAAUCUGUGUGGAUGAAUGUGUGCCUAUGAGCUGUACAUACCCAUAUCAAGAGUAAUGAGUGAAUGAGGAAGUUUUAAUCUGCUGAGAUCUGUGCCAUUCAAAAAUGGCAUCCCAAGUCUGUACAAGAAUACCAGAAAUUACUUACAGAGGCUAUCUUAACAGCAAAGGAACAAUUCCAAAUGAGGUUGAAGGUGGAAAUGGAUGCACAUCAGCUCUGGCAGGCUUUUGUAGGCCAUUACUGCCUACAAAGAGAAACCUAACAUCAUGAAUGGCUGUGAUGUUUCUUUCCCAGAUCAGCUCAAUGCCUUUUCUGCUCGCUUUGAAAGGGAGAAUAAAUCUACAGCUACAAGGAUCCCUGCAGCACCCAGUGACCCAGUGAUAUCUGUCUCAGAGGCCGACGGCAGGCUGUCUUUCAAGACGGUGAAACCUUGCAAGGUGACAGGCCCCAAAGGAGCAUCUGAUAGGGCUCUGAAAACCUGUGCUAGCCAACUGGCAGAGGUGUUAAAAGACAUUUUCAAUCUUUCAUUGCUAUAGUCUGAAGUUCCCACCUGCUUCAAAAGGGAAACAAGUAUACCAACGCCCAAGAAGAGCAGGAUGAGCUACCUCAACAAUUAUUAUCCAGUGGCACUCACAGCUAUGGAAAUGAAGUGCUUCGAGUGGUUGGUUAUGGCUGGAAUCAAUUGCUGUCUCAGAGGGACCUGGACCCACUGCAAUUUGCCUAUUGCUGCAAUAGAUCUAUGGUAGAUGCAACCUUAUUGGUUCUUUAUGUGGCCUUGGAUCAGCUGGAGAAUACAAAUACUUGUGUCAAGAUGCUGUUUAUUAACUACAGCUCUGUGUUUAACACAAUUGUUACUAUAGUUCUGAUGAAAAAGCUCCAGAACUUGAGCCUCUGUUCCUCCCUCUGCAACUGGAUUCAUGACUUCCUAACACAGUGACCACAGUCUGUGCAGGUCAGAAACAACAUCUCCACUUUGCUGACAAUCAACACCGGCGCAUCUCGGUGAUGCAUGUUUAGCCCACUACUCUCUCUCUAUGCCAUUGACUGUGUGGCUUGGCACAGCACAAAUGUCUUUUAUAAAUUUGAUGAUGAUACAAGUAUUGUUGGCAGAAUUUCAGAUGGUAACCCAAGGGUGUACAGGAGUGAGAUACAUCAGCUAGUUGAGGGCUGUUGUAGGAACAACCUUGCACUCAGUGUCAGUAAGCUGGAUGUGGACUUCAGAAAAGGUAAAACUAGGGAACACACACCAGUCCUCAUAGAGGGAUCAGAAGUGAAAAGAGUGAGAAGAUUCAAGUUCCUGGGUGUCAAUAUCUCUGAAGAUCGAUCUCUGACCCAACAUAUCAAUGCAGAUACAAAGAAGGCACGACUGCAACUAUAUUUAAUUAGGGGUUUGAGGAGAUUUGGUAUGUCACUAACCACGCUCGCAAAUUUCUACACAUGUACCAUGGAGAGCAUCCUAACUCACUGCAUCACUGUCUGGUUUGGGUGGUGGGCUACUGCACAGGAUCGAAAUGAACUGUAGAGAAUUGUAAACUAGGUUAGCUCCAUCAUGGGCACUAGCCUCCAUAGUAUCCAUGACAUCUUCAAGGAGCAGUACCACAAAAAAGUCAGCAUCCACCAUUAAGGGCCCGUAUCACCCAGUUCAUGGCUUAUUCUCAUUGCCACCAUCAGGAAGGAGUACAGAAUUGAGAAGGCAAACACUCAAAUAUUCAGGAUCAGCUUCUUCCCCUCUGCCAUCUGAUGGACAUUGAAACUAUCAAAACUACCUCACUGCUUUUUUUAUUUCAAGUUUUGCACUACUUAUUUAACUACUUCAUAUAUACGUAAAUACUGUACUUACUGUAAUUAAUGGCUUCUUCUAUUAUUAUGUAUUGCAUUGCAAAUACAACAUAUUUCAUGACUAAUGCUGGUGAUAUUAAACCUGAUUCUAAUCCUGAAGCUCAGCUGUUGCCACAUGACUUUUCCAUUUGUGAGUCUGUGGCUACGAAUCAUUAUUGUUCCAAUUCACAUUGCGGAGCUGGCAGAGACACAUUUUCGACUGUGUGAGCAGCAUAGGAAUGCUAAUUCUGAAGUCUAACAAACAUUUGACUCGAAUCAGAUACUAGAUCAGUAGAAAGUUUUAUGUUUGAUGUGCUGUGUCUAAAUGAAAGAAAGGUCUGGGUAAUUAGUUCAACAGUGAGAUGCAGAUCUUCAGGCAAGUUAAUGAUUGACUUUUGUGUUGUCAAAUUGGUGGCGGAGUCUGCAAGAAUUCAUGACUCGUAAUCAAGCUUCACUGAAAGUGCUGGUACAUCUUGUCUCAAGCUGUGUUGUCAUUUUACACCUGAGAGAUGUGAAAUCCCUUACAUCCCCUUUUCUGAAUACAGUGCCAAAUUCAGAUGUCACCCCAACAAAGCCUAAAGAACAUGAAAGGGAAGAAAAGAAGUUUCAUGAAAUUUGCUUGCAUUGCAGUUUCUGUAGAUUCCACAUGAUUAUCUUCUAGUUAAUUCCUGUAACCUCUCAUCACAGCGCUAAGCGGUAUUGCAUCCGUAUUGUACUGUCUCAGUACUUUUUUAUUUGUGUUCUGUAGCACUUUCUUUAUUCGCUGUUAUUUUGUAAAUAACACUAUUCUUUGCAUUUCUGGUCAGAUGCUAAAUACAUUUCGUUGGCUUUGUAUCUGUACUCGGUACAAUGACAAUAAAGUUGAAUCUAAUCUAAUCUAAAUGCUGUCAAUGCUAUUCAGUAACUUGCACACCCAGUGGGUUGUUUGAGCAUUCAACUUUCCUACCAGCACUUGAGUUUACAUGUUAUUUGAGAGCAUUGUACAUCAUGGAUGUAAACAUGUAAAGUCUGUGUCACCAUCUUUCUUAAUCCCUGGAAAAUUUCUGCAGCUAUUGGCUGCUUAACCCUUGGAAAAUUCUUGGGAGAUACUGUACACCUUUCACCUAGUGGAAUGCAGAUUGUUCAACUUUGCUACUGGGAUUGAGGCAUGAGUCUCUUCUGUACAGCUCUGUGCAUCGUAGAUGGGAACAAGCCAAAUUAAUGUCAUCACCAUUAUCAGACUUGAACUAUUCCCCAAUUCCUUAAAAUCAAUAAUUUGUGGAAUUUUGAUUUGGAACCCGCUUAUUCAAGGUCUGUUCCUGCCACGUGAUUUCAUCUUCAGAGGAUCUGUGGCUAUCAACUACAGCAUUAUUGUUUCAAUUUUAUAUUCUCUAAGUUGACGGAGACACAUUUUGGCCAGAAGCCCAGGAAUGUUCAUUUUGAAGUCUACCAAACAUUUGGCUUGCAUCAGAAGCUGGAUCAGUGGAAAGUUUUAUGUCCAAUGUGCUGUGAAGGACAUCCAACUGAGGUAAAGAGUGGGUAAUUUGUGCCACAGUGAGAUGCAGGUCUUCCGGCAAAUUAAUGUUUCCCUACUGUUUUGUCAAAAUGGCCAAGGAUUCUGCAGGAAUUCAAGACUCAUCAUCCAGCAGCUCAGAAUGGUUUGCCACAUUUCAUCUGAGGUGUGUUGACAUAUUACAUCUGAGAGAACUUCCUUUGUUUGAAUACAACACCCAAUUCAGAUGUCACCCCAGCAAAGCAUGGUGAACAUGAAAAGGAAGAAGAGAAGUUAGUUAAUCAAAAUACAGGAGAGAGUGAAGGUAAUAGAUCUGGUGGAACACACAGAGAAUUGCUUAAAGCUUCAUGAGAUUUGCUUCCCAAUAGUUAAUUCCUGUGAUAUCUACAUAACUCAGUUACCACCACACCCAGGGGAUUUUGGAUUAUUCACCUUCCCUACCAGGACUUGAUAAUGCAUAUCAUUUGAAACCAUUGUACAUUAUGUGAAGUCAGCAUCGCCACCAUAAUCCAUUAAAGGUUAUACCAUAUUAAUUUCUUUGAUUGCAGAGACAUUUGCUUUCAAGUAUGAAUAAAAUCUGGGAAAAAUGCAAGAUAAAGGAUAGAAGCUUGUUUGGAUAUAUUUAAAUAUAACAAAAUCUAAAAUGGCAGAGAAGAAUGAGGCUCACACUUUCUUCUUAUCCCAACUGCUUCUAGUUUCACCUACCCAUCAUUUCACCAUUUCUGGUUAUUUUUAAUCACCUUUCAUCCUUUUUGUCUGCCUUUUUCCUCUCCUCACCCUCACCUGUCUUUGUCCCCCCUUUUCCCCCUCAGCUGCUUCCACCCAUUAUCCGUCAGCCUCUCUCAUUCUCUUCUCCCAUCAGCCCCCACCUCACCUGGUCCCACCUAUCAGAUUCCACCCCUGUCACACCACCACCUCUUUAUAUUGGCUACCUUCCCUCUCUACUCUCUGUCGUGAUGAUGGGUCAUGACCCUAAAUGUCAAUCAGCCCUCUGCCUCCUCAGAUGGUGCUUGAUCAGCUGAGUGUCUUCUUUCUACAUCAGGGGCUCCCAACUUGGGGUCCAUGGACCUAUUGCUUAAUGGUAUUGGUCUAUGACAUAAAAACAUGUUGGGAGCCUCUCUUCUAUAUGUACCUUAGAAAGGCCUUUGAUACGGCCCCACAUGGUAAGCUGAUCCAGAGGUCAGAACACAUAGGAUCCAGUGAUGGAUAGUAAAUUGUAUACAAUACUGGCUUGGUGGUAGAAGGCAAAGAUGGUGGUGAAGGUUUGUUUUUCACAUUGGAUACCUGAAGUGGUGUUCUGUAGCCAGUGUUCAGUGCAAGUUCCAUUAACAUUUUGCAUAUAAUUUAAUAAUGGAUGAUCAUGAAUGUCAGUGGUACGAUUAGUAACUUUGCAGAUUAUGUCAAAAUUAGUGCUAUAGCAGGCAGUCCAGGAGAUUGCCUCAGAUUGCAACAGGAUGUAGAUCCACUGUGAAAGUGAGAAAGGAAUAGCUAAUUGAACUUAGGUAAGCAUGAAGUGAUGCAUUUGGGAAGUUAACACAGGCCAGGGCAUGCACAGGGCACUGGGGAAUAUAAAUGAACAGCAAGACUCUGGGGUACAAGCAUACGAUGCCUUGAAACUGGUAAAACAAGUAGAUCGUAGAGUUGUAAAGAAGGCAUUUGUCUUCAAGAGCUGAAGCAUUGUGUACAGGGGAUGGGAUGUCAUAUUAAAAUUUACAAAUUGGUGAAAUGUGCAGUUCUGUUCGCCACACUACAGGAAGCAUGUGAUUAAGCUGGACAGGGCGCAGAAAAGAGUCACAGGACUGUGCCUGGAUUUGGAGGGGUGAGGUUAUCAGGAGAAUCUGGAUAUCGAUGGGCUGCUUUCCCUGGAGAGAUGGAGGCUGAGAAGUGACCUCAUGGAAGUCUGUAAAAUUAUGAGGGGCAUAGAUAAGGUGGGUAGUGACCGUCCUUCUCCUGGGUAAGGAUGUUUAAAACUAGAGGACAUGGGUGUAUGAUGAGUGUUAAUUCCUGUGAUAUGACUGAGUGUGAGGAGGGUAGUGAGAUCCAAGAGACAGUGCUGGAGGAGCCUCAGCCCUUGAGCUUGUCCAACAGGUCUGAGGUGUUUGCUCUCUGUGCGGAUGACGGUGGGGGCAGUGGGAAGGAUGAGCAACCUAACUGUGGCACCGUAGUUCAGGGAGCAUUCAAGAGGGGGGAAAGAAGAAAAAAAGAGUGGUAAUUGGGGAUAGUGUAGUCAGGGGAACAGACAGAGUUUUCUGUCACAAGGAUAGAGCAUCCCGAAGGCUGUGUUGCCUACCUGGUGCCCGGAUUCGGGACAUUUUAUCUGACCUGCAGAGGAGUUUAUGGUGGGAGGGGAAAGAUCCAGUUGUCAUGGUCCAUGUGGGUAUCAAUGACACAGGUAGAAUGAGGAAAGAGCUUCUGCUGAGUGAACUUGAGCGGCUAGGGACUAAAUUUAAAAGGCAGAACCAAAAAGCUUGUAAUCUCUGGAUUAUUACAUGAGCCACAUGCAAAUUGGCAGAGGGUCAAGAAGGUUAGAGAGUUGAAAGCAUGGCUGAAGGAUUGGUGUGGGAGAAGUGGGUUUGAAUUCAUGGGAAAUUGGCACCAGUAUUGGGGAAGGAGGGAGCUGUACCAAUGGGACGGGCUCCACCUGAACCGUGAUGGGACCUAGAUCCUAGUGAAUUGCAUAACUGGGGCUGUGGAUAGGGUUUUAAACUGAAUAGUAGGGGAGUGGGUUCAACAGAUUGGUGAAGUAUGGAUAAAGUAAAAAAGAAAAGUGUCGACCCCAAUUGGAUUACUGUGCUCAAUUCUGGUCGCCUCACUACAGGAAGGACGUGGAAACCAUAGAAAGGGUGCAGAGGAGAUUUACAAGGAUGUUGCCUGGAUUGGGGAGCAUGCCUGAUGAGAAUAGGUUGAGUGAACUCUGACUUUUCUCGGAGCGACAGAGGAUGAGAGGUGACCUGAUAGAGGUGUACAAGAUAAUGAGAGGCAUAGAUAGAGUGGACAGCCAGCGCCUUUUCCCCAGGGCACCACUGCUCAAUACAAGAGGACAUGGCUUUAAGGUAAGGGGUGGGAAGUUCAAGGGGGAUAUUAGAAGAAUGUUUUUUACUCAGAGAGUGGUUGGUGCUUGGAAUGCACUGCCUGAGUCAGUGAUGGAGGCAGAUACACUAGUGAAAUUUAAGAGACUACUAGACAGGUAUAUGGAGGAAUUUAAGGUCGGGGGUGAUAUGGGGGGGCAGGGUUUACGGGUCGGCACAACAUUGUGGGCAGAAGGGCCUGUACUGUGCUGUACUGUUCUAUGUUCUAUGUUCAUUGAUCGUGUGGAUAGUCAGAGGCUUUUUCCCCAGGGCUGAAAUGGCUAGCACGAGAGCAUAAUUUGAAGGUGCUUGGAAGUAGGUACAGAGCAGAUGUCAGGGGUAAGUUUUUUACGCAGAGUGGUGAGUGCAUAGAAUGGGCUGCCGGCGGCAGUGGUGAAGGCGGAAAAAACAGGGUCUUUUAAGAGACUGCUGGAUGGAUACAUGGAGCUUAGAAAAAUAGAGGGCUAUGGGUAAGCCUAUGCAGUUAUAAGAUGAGGACAUGUUUGGCACAGCUUUGGGCCGCAGGGCCUGUAUUGUGCUGUAGGUUUUCUAUGUUUCUACAAAGAUAAAGAAAAAACAAAAGAUAAAAAAAAGUAAGAGUAUAGUGAAGAAAACUCAAGAGCAAAAGAGUAAAAGAUUACAGAUUUUAAAAGGACAAUGAGUACAAGUGCACUUUAUUUGAAUGCCAUAGCAUUCUAAACAAGGUGAAUGAACUUGUGGCUCAAAUCAGUGCAAAGAGGUAAGAUUCAGUGGCCAUUACGGAGACGUGGUUGCAGGGUGGAGAGGAUGUGGAAUUAAAUAUCCAAGGAUAUCAGGUAAUGCAGAAGGAUAGGCAGGAAGGUAAGGGAGGUGGGGUGGCGCUCUUAAUUAAAGAUGAGAUCAAGGGGAUAGUGAGAGACAAUAUAAGAUAUAAGGAGCAGAAUGAUGAAUCCAUCUGGUUAGAGGUUAGGAAUAAUAAAAGAAAAAAAAUCACUGGCGGGAAUUGCUGGUGAA